UUCUUUAUAUAAAGAAAUGUUGCAGAGAGCUCUCACAAUGGCUGCGAUCUACAGCCUUUUCAUCAUUAACAAAUCUGGGGGUCUGAUAUUCUACAAGGAUUAUGGAUCCACAGGGCGGAUGGAUACAAAUGACAGCUUGCGAUUGGCGAGUUUAUGGCAUUCAAUGCAUGCGAUCUCUCAACAGUUAUCUCCAACUGCGGGUUGCUCAGGAAUUGAACUCCUUGAGGCCGACACUUUUGACCUUCAUUGCUUCCAGUCGCUCACAGGAACAAAAUUUUUUGUAGUUUGUGAACCUGGAACACAGCACAUGGAUGGCCUCUUGAAAUUGAUAUACGAACUGUACACAGAUUAUGUUUUGAAAAAUCCCUUCUAUGAGAUGGAGAUGCCAAUACGGUGUGAACUAUUUGACAUCAACCUUUCGCAGGCAAUCCAGAAGGAUCGUGUUGCAUUGUUGGGACGAUGAGACUCAUGAAUUGUUUUUAUGGGCGGG